AAAGUGAUCCUUACCACAGCAACAGUAGAACACUAAAAGACAGCAGUCCUGCCCGAGCCUCUGACCACUCUGGGAAGUGCUGUGUCCUGUCUUCGACCACUGACCAGAAUUCAAGUUUAGUCUGUAUUAGAAACAAAAGUACCUGUGCCGAUUUCUAAAAUGGAGUACAAGAAGAACUGUGACACGCUCUAUGAAAAAGACUCACUGAACGAUGCUAAGCAAGUUGUCCCAAACAACCAGGCGCUCAAGGCUGGAGGCCGAUACAGUGACGACCGUUACUCUAACAUCCAGAAAGCUGAUAAUGAUGGGGCAGAGUACGCUCUGGAUAAUGGUGACAAGUCAGACCCAGGUCCUAACCAAUGGUGCACGUGGAAAGUGAUCGCUGUUGUGUUCAUCGCCCUCACGGUGCUGCUGCUGGUCACCGUCCUCAUUGUCGCAGUGAUCUGGCUCAGAGAUUCUGACACCCUGGCAGUGUCCCAGAAAACAUCCAUGGAGCGAACCAAACAGAGACAAGAAGAGGAGGAACAGAAGAGAGUGGAGAGAGAAAGAGAGAUCAGGGCAGAGGAAGAACAGAAGAGAGUGGGAAAAGAACGAGAGAUCAGGGCAGAAGAGGAACAGAAGAGAGUGGAGUUAGAGCAGGAACUACGUCAACAGGAGGAGCAGAAGAGAGUAGAGUUAGAGCAGGAAAUACGUCAGGAGGAGAAGGAGAAGAGAGAGGCGCUGGAGAGGUUGUUGGGAGAGAGAGAGAGAAGGUUGGAGGAGGUGAGGGCUCAGUGCAACAGCGGUCAGGCGGUCAGCAGCUCCUCCACUGGACUCUCAGUUCUGCUCUCAGUGCUGCUGUUGAGCUGCCUGUUGAACUACUGACCGCUCCUUACUCAGUGCUGUUGGUGAACUACUGUACCUGUUGAAUUACUGACCGCUCCUUACUCAGUGCUGCUGGUGAACUACUGUACCUGUUGGGAUGGGUAUCGUUAGGAUUUUUAAGGCCCCAUCACAUUGCACACGGCACGCGCUAUAAAACCCAUUACUUUCAAUGGUUUGAGCACACAAGAGCUGGACUGCCGCUGUGCUCAGCUUUACCGCUCUUGCGCAAAAGUUAAUAUAUGCUGAACUUUGACCGCGACGCGCUGUAAGUCAAUGGUCUUUUGAGCGGAGCCCAGCGACCACAACAAAAAUCGUUAGCACAUUAUCUCAACCAAGAGCAACCUAGCGGUGAGCGCAGCGCAUGUUGCGUGCAAUGUGAUGGGGCCUUUACUCAGUGCUGUUGGAUUACUGAGCCCUCCUUACUAGGGAUGAGUAUCGUUAGGAUUUUAUCGAUACUGAUACAAAAAUCGAUACUGCUUAACGAUACCUGUUCUUAUCAAUAUUCUUAGCGAUACUUUACACCAUAGAAAAGAAUUUAAAUUAAAGAAUAAAGUAUAGGAUAAACAGGUCAAUAACUCAACUCCAGACCUACUGACUUUGUGGACACGAGGGCGGAUGAUCCCUCACCAUAAACAUCCUGAUAGCGCAUACCAUAGUGUCACUAAUAAAUACCAAUAGUAUCAUGUGUCUGGGAGCUUAAAGACCGGCGUCCACCGGACACAAACACGGCGCGACACAACAAGAAAAAAAAUAGAACUCCAUAUUUUUUUAACGGAGCAAAGCCCACUAGAAACGUCUGCCGCGUGGCAGCCGCACAGGGAUAGUUCGCUGUUCAAAAAUCCUGUGUGUCAAGCCCACACCGCUGAACACUGUGUCCGGUGGGCACCAGCCUUAACAGUAUCUUGGUAUCAACGAGGCAUGGACCGGUAUCGGUUUAGUAUUUGGUUAUCGAUACGCAUCACAGGUGGGUCCGAGUGCCUAAGGGACCCGUGAUUGAGUCCGGCCCGGGUCAUUUCCUGAUACCACCCCAUUACUCUCUCCCACUCGCUUCCUGUCAGUUUCUUCGCUAUCCUAUUGGAAUAAAGCGAAAAAAAGAAUGCAAAACUUUAAAAAUAUAUAUAUUAUUGUGUUUUACAAUCAAAUGUAUGUGUCAGUUAAGUAACUGACUUUUUUUGAAAAUCAUCUAAUAUAUUAAUGACUUAUUUGUACCGAUAUGUUGGUCACUGGUUACAAAGUCAGGGUUACAGUGCUAGUAAAAGUCAUGGCACCAAUCAUGUCUGGCUGUGAUUCAGUUACAUGAUAAUCCCUUUAUUAUCCCACAUUUUGUUCACUUGUUCUUCCUUACAUGCAAUAUGUACAUGUGUUACAUGCACUGAUCUGUAAAGAACUCUUUGUAUAUCAGUGGUUACAUGCAAUAUGUUUGUGUGUGUUCCUUACAUUAAGUGAAUAAAUGUGGCUGUGAUUAUUUUGAACACCA